GUAGAGAAGAUGUCUCUAGUGCAUGGUCUGAAGUAGAUUUUGUCUACAUGCCAGUGAACAAUGGAAACCACUGGGUGUUAGUGGUUCUUGAUUUACAAAGCAGGAUGAUGAGGGUUUAUAACUCUAAAUGCAGAAGAGGAGAGUCCCUGAGAGAUAUUGGCAAAUUUCUACAAGGCUUGACAAGUCUACUGCCAAAAAUCUUGGACAAGUAUGGUGUGUAUGAUGGAAUUGGUGGUGGAGAUAUGGGUGAAAAACAAUUUCAGAUUGAAGGUGUAGAAAAUUGUCCCCAACAGAAUGACAGUGGAAACUGUGGAAUGUUCUUGUUAAAGUUUGCGGAAUUCUUGAUGAUGGGAAGGGACAUCAACGAAAUCAAACCUGAAGACAUGCCUAUGUACAGGAAGAAAAUGGCAAUGGAGUUAAUGAUGUACAAUGAAAGAAGGACCAAGGAUUCAGUGAAAUAAGCAACAAGAUGCACUUGCUUAUAUGUAAUACUGUGGGAUAAUUGACUUAGUAAUCACAAUAUGGCCGUUUGAAACACUUUCUUUUUAAUGUUUAGCAC